GUCAGCAACAUUCCACAAUUUUGUCAAAGUAGCACUUACCAAAAAUCCAAAGAAGAGGCCGACAGCGGAAAGACUUCUGACUCAUAGUUUCGUUGGGCAACCUGGUCUGACUCGAACUCUGGCCACUGAGCUGUUGGACAAGGUGAACAAUCCCGACAACCACCCCCACUACAGCGAGCCGGACGACGACGACUUUGAGCCUCACCCGGUGAUUCGGCCGACCAUCCGCUCUACAAACCGGAACGUCAGAGCGGAAAGGACAGCGUCGGAAAUAAACUUUGAUAAGCUGCAGUUUGAACCACCUUUGAGAAAAGAGACGGAAGCGAGGGACGAAAUGGUCGUGGCCGCUGGAGCCCAUUUCGCGUCACACUGGAAUCCUUUCGUGGACUGUGGAAGCAGCGCCAAGUAAGUAUUGGUCUGCCCAGCCUUGCCAGUGAAUAAGUGAGCGUAAGCUGAUUC